GUAGGAUGUUGUCCAUGAUGCAGACAGAGACCGUGAUUGCAGAGUACAGAGGCUGAGAGGCAGGCUUAGAGCCUGGAAAAUAGUUGGAUCAGUGUGCCUUUGGCUGGGGAAUGCUCUGGUUUCAUGCCUGAUGCCAAGGGCUAUGCCAUUUCUGUUCUGAUCAUGGUGUUCCUGUCCUAAGAGGCAAUGAUGUUUCCCUGAGAAUAAAGUAUUUGGCAGAAAGUGCCUAUGGAGUAGAGGUAUCUGAGGUGAAAGGGUGCAGACUGGAGUCACCACCAUUUAUGAAGGUGAAGUCAAAGAAGAGCAGAAGGGUACUGUGGGAGCAGGUGUUCCAUGAAAGCAAUAAUCUAGGGCUGUAACUGAUGCCAAGUACUGAUGUAAUAACCAUUAGCCAUGAAUGUGAAUGCUGACUGUGUAGAAUGAGAUCCAGUGAUUCAGCAUGACAGAAUGAAGAAAAUAUGAUAGAUGCUUAAUGCUCGAGAUAUUUCAUGGUCUUCCUUUGGCUUUUUCUCAAAUGAAUGUAUUGGACGUGUUUGAUAAGUGAUGUCAAAUUCUGCCCUUAUCUUACCCCUCUGUGUACACUGGCAUGCUCGUGUCCCAUGGUUCUCUGAUACAUUCAAAGUGAAUGCCCUGGGGUUUUCUUCUGUUUUAUGGGUAGGCAUUUUUCUGGAAAACCGUUAAAGUGAAUGAAAGUUAGAAAAGCAUCUUCUGCUGUUGUGAUCUCCAAGACUGCAUUUAUAGUGGGGGAAACUGAUCAGAGGCGAGUGCCCAGACUGCUUUGCUAAAUAACAGGGAUGUGGAGUGAGUGCCCAGGCUUCUCAGAGUACUGAAGGCACCUGUUGAUUCCUUGAUGCUGCACAUGUACAGGGAGAACUGUUUUAUAUCAGUUGUUGACAUUGGAACGACAGCACAAAUUAUCAACGAAUGUAAGAUUUAAAUGAAUGUAAAGUGUUGGAGAGACAAGGAAAUAUUCAUUCAAGAAGGACUGCAGAAACGAUCUCUGCAAUUCCUUGAAGUGACUGUCCUGCACACAUGGUGUAAGGGCGAUAAUUACUUUGAGGUCAAAUUAAAACGUAUAAUUUUACCUGCCAUGCAGUAGAAUUAAGACAUGAAGAAGAGGACGCUACCUUCAUUGUGAUCAUGACCACGCUGAAGACCAGAAUGAAUUCGAUCUUCUACUCGGAGAAGUCGUUCCGGAAGCAAACGCAUCGACUCAAGGUCGUGUCGCUGGGGAAUGUGCCGUGGCGCCGUGUCCGCGGGGACCGAAGGUUUCCGCGGAAGAGGCAGGGCGGCGGCGCUCGCUGUGAGCCGUGCGUGCAGUGCCGGGCGGAGGCUGCGGGCGCCGCUGUUCACCACGGAGGAGAGGAGAGGAAGGAGCGGAGCGCUGCAGCCAGCCCUGCCCGCUGCAGCCCGGCUCGCUCGCUCGCUGUAUCGGCUUUGAGGACUGCGAGCAGCCCCGCGGUACGGAGCCGAGCUCCAGAGAGGCGGAGGGACUGCCUAAAUCGGCCGGCAGCGGGGCUGGAGCUGGAAAAGGAUAACGGAGCAAGAGCCGGAGAAGGAGUCUGAUCCGGAGCCCUAGGCUAAGAGUCGAGCGGAGGGAGCUGUCGGCGGGCGUCCGGUGGCGGCGGGGCCGUGUCGGAGAUGUGCGCUGCGAGGGAAGGGCGCUGGGGCCGGAGGCAGCGAGCGCUGCUGUGCUGCGUGUUGGUGGCGGCGUGGGAGGCGGCGUGGGGACAGCUGCGCUACUCGGUGCCCGAGGAGCUGCCCAAGGGCUCUUUCGUGGGCGACGUGGCCAAGGACCUGGCGCUGCAGCCGGCGGCGCUCCGCGACCGCGGCGCCCGAGUGAUGUCGGCAGAUAGGACGCAGUAUUUCAUACUGCAUGCGAACAGCGGCCACCUGGUGACGGCAGAGAGGCUAGAUAGAGAGCAGUUGUGCCGGCUGAUGGAGCAAUGUGUACUGCGCUGUGAGGUGAUCGUGGAGGGGGAGAUGAAAGUUUACGAGAUAGAAGUGGAAAUCACGGACAUUAAUGACAACGCGCCAAGCUUCGUAGAAGCAGAAAAGGAACUGAGAAUGAGCGAGACGACAGCUCCUGGGUCGCGCUUUCCCCUGGUCGAGGCUCACGACCCGGACGUGGGAGUGAAUUCCCUGCAGAGCUACGAGCUGAGCGGCGACGAGCACUUCUCGCUGUCCGUGCAGGCGGGAGCCGACGGCGAGAAGCGUCCCGAGCUGGUGCUGGCCAAGGCGCUGGACCGGGAGGAGACGGCGUUUCACGAGCUGGUGCUGAGGGCGAGCGACGGCGGCGAACCGGCACGGACGGGCACGGCGCGCAUCCGCGUGUCUGUGCUGGACGCCAACGACAACGCGCCCGUGUUCAGCCAGGCGGUGUACGCGGUGCGCGUGCCCGAGGACGUGCCCGUGGGCUCCACGCUCCUCACCCUCACGGCCACCGACGCCGACGAGGGAAUCAACAGCGAGGUUAAAUAUUCAGUGAUAAAACUGACAGCCGAGCUAACAGACAAAGUUUUUCUGGAUCCGGAGACGGGAUCGAUCAGGCUGUUGAGGAGCCUGGACUUCGAGGAAGGCGACUCCUACGAAGUCUGGGUGCAAGCACGGGAUAGCGGGGAGCUUUUCGACACGGCCACGGUCUCGAUUUCUGUGACAGACGUGAACGACAACGCGCCCGAGAUUUCGGUGCGGUCGGCGCUGAGCGAGAUCUCGGAGGACGCGCCGCCGGGGACGGUGGUGGCCCUGCUGCACGUGCAGGACCGCGACUCGGGCGCCAACGGCGAGGUGCGGUGCUCGCUGGUCGGCGACGUGCCGUUAUGUCUGCGGAGCUCGGUGGGCAGCUACUACAGCGUGGUGACGGCGCGGGAGCUGGACCGGGAGGAGGUGUCGGAGUUCAACGUGACGGUGUGGGCGUCGGACGGCGGGUCGCCGUCGCUGCGGAGCAGCGCGGUGCUGGCGCUGCGCGUGCUGGACGUGAAUGACAACGCGCCGGUGUUCGCGGAGGCGCGCUACAGCGCCCGUCUGCCCGAGAACAACGCCGAGGGCGCGCUGGUGCUGACGGUGCGGGCGUGGGACGCGGACUGGGGGCAGAACGCGCGCGUGCGCUACCGGCUGGCGGAGGGGCGCGUGCGGGGCGCGCCGCUGUCGUCCUACGUGUCGGUGCAGGCGGAGACGGGCGCGCUGUACGCGCUGCGCUCGUUCGACUACGAGGAGGUGCGCGAGGUGGGGCUGUGGGUGCGGGCGGAGGACGGCGGCGCGCCGGCGCUGAGCAGCAACGUGUCGGUGCGGCUGCUGAUCGUGGACGAGAACGACAACGCGCCGCAGGUGCUGUACCCGCCGUCGUCGUCGGCGGCGGCGGCGGGCUGGACGGGCGUGGAGCUGGCGCCGCGCUCGGCGGAGCCCGGCGCGCUGGUGGCCAAGGUGGUGGCGGUGGACGCGGACGCGGGGCAGAACGCGUGGCUGUCCUACGAGCUGGCCAAGGCGACGGAGCCGGGGCUGUUCCGCGUGGGGCUGCACAGCGGCGAGGUGCGCACGGCGCGCUCGCCGCUGGCCCGCGACGCGCCCAGGCACAGCCUGGUGGUGGUGGUGAAGGACCAGGGCCGGCCGGCGCUGUCGGCCACGGCCACGCUGACGGUGGUGCUGGCCGAGAGCGUGGCCGAGCUGCUGUCGGAGCUGGGCAGCGCGGCGGCGCCGGCCGAGCCCGGCGGCAGCCUGACGCGCUGGCUGGUGCUGGCCGUGGCGGCCGUGUCGUGCCUCUUCGUCGCCUUCCUGCUGCUGCUGCUGGCGCUGCGCCUGCGGCGCUGGCGCCGCUCGCAGCUGCUGCCGCCGGCCAGCGGCGCCUUGCGCGGCGUGCCGGCCUCGCACUUCGUGGGCAUCGACGGCGUCCGCGCCUUCCUGCACUCCUACUCGCACGAGGUGUCGCUCACGGCCGACUCGCGCAAGAGCCAGCGGCGCUGGGCGGCCGACAGCUGCUGCAACACGCUCCCGGCGCGGCCGCCGCCCGACAAGGCCGCGCCGCUGCUCGGGGAAGACGCUGCCGGCGCCCGCGGCGCACCGCCCGACGCCCUCCCGGUGAGUCAGUCGCUCCGGACACCCCGACGCCCUCCCUCUCGGCGCUUGCCUCCCUUUCUGCUCAUUGCCUUUGCCUCCCCGUUCUGCUUCCACUUAUGAUGUCCCAGAAUGAUAAGCCCUUAUUAGCUGUUGACAUACAGUUGGAAGGAUAAUAUUGAGCGUGGUGCAACUGAAUGCUGUAAACGUAUAGGAGUGAAGUUGAGAUCUUGGUUCUGAAUUUGAACAGAAUGUGUGAUAAGUGGCGAUAUUGUUUGGGCAGUGGUAUGAUUUUAUUGUGAAUGCCAACUCAUUUAGCAUGUUUGAUUUCAAAAUUUAGAUAAACCUUCCCGGCCAGUGAGUUUUGUUGCUGAGCAAGGUAGAGCUUCUCUGGGUGCUGGUUGUAGGUUACUUGCCCUGGCUCAGGGAAGCCAAGCAUGGGCUCUGCUUGCAGCUUUACGCUUAGUGUAGAAGGUAUGAGAUGAGUCGGGCUUUUGCCUUCAGCUGUUCUCUAGAUGGGGUAUUCAGCCAUGGUAAGUGGUUGCUCAUUUCAUCCUGAUAGAUAUCAUGCCUGUUUUUCUUUUUUUUUUUUCCAUUUUUUUAACCUAUUCUGAGUAUAUGUCUACUUGAGAUUAUCAGAUGGUUAAGAUAUAUCAUCCUCAUUGCGUAUGUGUUUGAUCAGUAGUCUGCCUUGAAGCAGAAUCUUAAUUGUCUCAUGUUUGAUUUGGCUGCCCCUCCUCUAUCAUCUAUUUAGCCUUUCUGUUACUGUAUGAACAUGGGUUGAAAUGUCUUUCAAGUGUUGAUCUAUACUGCUGUUUUUGUGCAUGGGUUGGGAUAAUGGCCUUGUUUACUGAUUAUCCUUUUAGGACAUCUGCUUGGCUGUUGUAGAGGUGAACAGGACUCAAAAUUUGCAUUUGAGAUUGCACAGAGAUUCUGUGUGUCAAGGGCUAUUGGAGGAAAGAGUAGUGUGUGAGCAUUGAAUUCUCAAGAAAGGAGAAGGCUUUUCUAUCAAGCAUAUGGUAUGGCAACAGCUUUGUUGUGGCUUCCUCACUUGAAUUUGUGUUGCAUAAUAUGUGGUGAGUUUGAGGAAUGGGUUCUGAAGAGUGAAAGUAAAGUCCAUUUCUUGUCAUGUGGAUUUGGCAGUUUUGACUUUUUUGUCAAAACUAGGCCUCAGUGUGGCAGAGAACCCUGGGAAGACUGGAAGAUCUGUUAUUAAUUGUCGAACUAGGAGACCUGUUUCCAUACAUAACUUGAAAGUUUACUGCUCUGAUGUGAAAGGCUUUGAUAUCCUUAUGUUUCCUUAAUAUUCACCUGAAUGAUAAACCCUUAUUAGUUGCAGUCAUACAGUUAGAAUCUGGUUAUUGAGAGUAGUGCAACUGAAUGCUGUGAAACAGAGGAAUGAGGUUUAGAUCUUGGUUCUUAAUUUGUAAAAAAACGUGUGUCAGCAGUGAUGUUGUUUGGGCAGUAGUAUGAUUAUAUUGUGAAUGCCAAUUUUUGUAGCAUAUAUUAUGUUUGAUUUCAUAAUUUUGACAUUUUCUGCAGCAUUUCUGCACCAUUUGAUCCUGGUUUUGCUGUCCUGAAAGGCAGUGCUAAUCUUCUGAUACCAAAAUGUUCUGUACAGAAACUGUGUAUGUAGAGCUAUGAUGUCUGAGCAUAUUGUUUUUUAAUAUCUUUGAAAUCAUUAAAUCAUAAGUCCACCCAUGUCUGUAUUGGGAUAUAACAUUUCUUCCUAGUUGUAAUUCCAUUUUCAGGCGUUUGGUUGUAGGAAGAUUGUUCUUUGUAGUUCCCAUUUUUAUUAGGCCUUUUACAUUUGAAAAUGUGAAGUUUGUAUUGCAGCAAAAUGUUAUAUCCGUUGUGAAUGUCCUGUCAGCUGUCUGGAGACAAAUUGUUAUCUAUACGGGAAACAAAUUGCUCACAAGAUGUAUCAUGAGAAAAGGCCCCAUGUUUAUAUUUAUAGUUUCAUUUUCAUUUGAAAUAUAAACCUGGAAUCAUUUAGAUCAGAAAAGACUUCUUAGAGCUUCUAGCACAACCUUUAACCUUGCAAUGUCAAGUCUACCAUUAAACAGUGUCACUAAGCUGUACAUCGGCACGUUUUUGGAAGACCUCCAAUGUUGGUGACUCAACUACAUCUCUGGGCAGCCUUUGUGAAUACUUCACAACCCUUGCAGUGAAACACAUUUUCCUAAUAUCCAAUGUAAACCUCCCCUGGAGCAAUCUGAGGCUAUUUUGUAUUGUUUUAUCACAUGGUUCUUAGGAGAACAGGAUGAUCCCCAGUUUGCUAUAGCCCCCCUUUAAGGUAACUGUAGAACACAAUAAGAUCUGCCCUGAACCUCCUUUUUUUUUUUUAGACUAAACAACCCCAGCUCCCUCAUCCACUCCUGAUAAGAUCAGUUCUCCAUACCCCUUAAUGACUCCAUUGUCCUUCUUUGGACCUGCUUCAGCACCUCAAUAGCUUUCCAGUAUUGAGGCAUCCAAAUCUGAACUCAGCAUUUGAGGUAUGGCCUCACCAGAGGCGAGUACAGAGGGACAAUCACUUCCCUAGUCCUGCUGGCCAGACUAUUUCUGAUAAAAGUCAGGAUGCCACUGGGUUUUUUGACCACCGGAACACACUGCUGUCUCAUAUUCAACCAGCUAUUGACCAAUACUUAGAGGUCAUUUUUUGAUAAGUAGCCAUUUUCUCCAGGCUGUGGGAAAGAGUGUUCAAAAGCCUUACUGAACUCAAGGUAGACUAGAUCCACAGCCUUUCCCUCAUCCACUUGGCACAUCACCUUUUACAGAAGGAGAUCAGAUUCAUGAAGGAGGACCUGCCUUGCAUUAAGCCCUGUUGACUGAGCCUGACUACCUGGUUGCCCUGUAAGUGCCACAUGAUGGCACUAAAGCUGUUCUGCUCCAUGAGCUUUCCCAGCACUGUCAGGCCUGUAGUUUCCCAGAUUGUCCUUCUGGCCCUUCGUGUAGAUGGGCAUCAUAUUUGGUAGCCACCAGUCAACUGGGACCUCCACCGAUAUCCAGGGCUGCUGGUAAAUGAUGGAAAGUGAUGUGGUGAGCAUUGUCGCCAUCUUCCUCAAGUACCCCCAGGCGGAUCCCUUCUGGAUGCAUAGACUUGCAUAUGUAUAACUAGUUUAGCAAGUUGCUGACCAUUUCCUGGUGGAUUAUGAGGUCUUCAUUCUGCUUCCAUCCCUAUCUACCAGGUAGUCAGGGGAUGAGGUACCCAGAAAACUAUUGGUCUUUUUCUGCUA